AUGGCAAUCAGCUUCGGGUACGGGGUGCUGGCUGCGUUCUUCGCCAUAACAGCCGUCUUCGCAAGCCCUGUCGCCCUCCCGGACGUCAAUACCUCCUCCACACAAGCUCACACGCAAAGAGACUUCAUGAUCAACAAGAACACCCAAUACAGUAGCCUGGGCUACACCUGGCCCAAUAACAAAGUCACAUGGUGCCUCAACGCCGACAAAGAGGCCGACUACAAAACCGUCCGCGAUAUCGCGGACAAGAGCUGGAAGAAGUGGAAGGACGUAAUUGGCGAAAAGUCCAGCCUCAAGUUCGCGCCCGUCGACGACAAGGAGCUUGAGUGUAAGAAGUACCGCGGCAAGGUGGACAUGUGGGAGAUCACGCUCAACUACAAGAUGCACGCCGGGUCUGCCCACUCGGGCUACAUGUACCAGGACAACCGGCUGAAUUUCGACCCGCGCCCUAUCUACAGCGCCAUGGACGCCGUGGUCAACUUCGCGCACGAGAUGGGCCACGCCUUCGGGCUGCUGCACACGCACCAGCGGCCCGACGCCUGGCCGUCGCUACUGAAGCUCAACUGCCGGAACCUCCGGGACUACGACAGCCUGGCGAAGAAGAUCGGCAAGGGCAAGGUGGACGAUAUAUGCAAGACACUGAACCGGCGGUCGGCGGCCGCGGAGGGCUUCUCGGCCGCGGAAUUGCUGCCUUACAGCAACUACAUGAAGGACACGUCGAAGGAGAUCGUCCAGAACGGCGACUUCGACUGGGACUCCAUCAUGCUCUACAAUUCGGAGGCCGGCGCCAAGGACGGCACGUUGGCGCUGGUCAAGGAGAACGGCUCGAAGAUUGGGAUCAACACGGAGGUGUCUAAAGGAGACGGCAAACAGAUCGAAAACCUGUAUCCCAAAGGGAAGUGA